AUGACUGUCCCAGACUCUACGCUCCCGCUCCCGCGCAUCCUUUGCCUGCACGGCGGGGGCGUCAACGCCGAGAUCUUCGCUCUCCAGGCGCGCGCCCUCAUAGCGCGCCUCGCGCCGUAUUUUCGCCUCGUCUUCGUCGACGGACCCUUCCUGUGCGCCGCCCACGAGGACAUCGUCGCCGUCUACGGCGAGCUCGGCCCCUUCCGCCGCUGGCUGCCGUGGCUGCCGUCACACCCGGACGUCGACGCCGAGACGGCGUCGGCCGAGAUCCGCUACAGCCUGCGCACCGCCAUGGAGGGCGACGACGUCGCCGGCGCCACGGGGCCCUGGGUCGGCCUGCUGGGGUUCAGCCAGGGGCCCAAGAUCGCCGCGAGCUGGCUGUACACGCAGCAGGUCCUCGGCGGCGGGGCGGCCACGGCGUUUCGGUUUGCCGUGCUGCUCGCGGGCCGGGCGCCGCUUGUCGUGCUCGAGGACGGGGUCGCCGUUCCGCCGGGCGUGGCGGAUGCGUCGAUGAGGAGCUCGCAGUUUGAGGGGCUGCCGGAGGGGAUCACGGGCGAUGCGCACGUGCUGAAGCUGCCAACUGUUCAUGUGCACGGCCUGAGGGACCCUGGCCUCGAGCUGCAUCGGGUCAUGAUGAAGUCCUACUGCGAGGAGGGCACAACGAGGUUGGUCGAGUGGAAUGGCGGUCACCGGGUGCCGAUCAAGCAGGCGGAUGUCGAUGCUGUUGUCGGGGAGAUCUUGAGUCUGGGCAGAGAAUUGGGAUUGGUGGAUGGUGGUGAGCUAGCAUAG